AUGGGCUGCAGAAGAACAGACUGCGUGGAAAGGCCGCUCUCACGACUUUUUGAGAAAUUGGGCGGACUUGUUGGCUCCUAUCCCAUCGGAUUCUUCAUCGUUCCGCUGGUGGUCUCCUUCAUUUUGGGAGGGGGGUUUUACUUCAUUGAAAAAAGAACAGACAACGACAUAGAACUGCAAUUCACACCGAGAGAUGGACCCUCCAAGAAAGCGAGAGCCGUUGUCCAAGAAUACUUUCCGAGGCAGAAGUCAGAGUUCUCCAGCCAGAGGCUGGUCAGUGAAGGCCACUACGCCACCAUCAUCGCCGUGGCCAAAGGAAAAUCCAACAUAAUGACCAAAGAAGCCUUUGAAGAUAUAAUAAAGCUGGACCAUAAGGUCAAGAGCGUCUCUGUUGUGGAAAACAAGUGGACCUUUGUCACCUUGUGCGUAAAGGUCAAUGGUGGCUGCGUCCCAAACGACCUUCUUGAGAUCAUCGAGUAUGACGCAAGCAAAAUCGGUCACAUGGACAUCUUCUAUCCUGUGCACAACUCAUCAGCCCCCUCAAAGCACACCUUUCUGGGCUCCACCAUUGGCGGGGUGAGAAGGAAAGAGAACGGCCUCAUCGACUUUGCCAAGGCCGUAAAGUUAGUGUACUUCCUGGAGAACAAAGGAGGGGUGGAAAAAUGGCUUCAGCAGUUCCAAAAAACCUUCUUGAAUGACCAUGGGUACAAAAACGUUAUGGUCUCCUACUACACAUCCCAGUCCAAACAAGAGGAGAUUGACAAACUGACCGCUGACGGGAUCCCGUUAUUUUCCAUAACCUACGCCCUCGCCAUCACCUUCUCUGUGGUCUCUUGUCUGAGACUGGACAAUGUGAGGAACAAGGUGUGGGUGGCGUUGAUCGGGGUCCUCUCUGCUGGCCUCGCCGUGCUGUCCUCUUUCGGCCUGCUGCUCUACGCCGGUGUCCCCUUCGUCAUGACGGUGGCCAACUCCCCCUUCCUCAUCCUGGGUAUCGGUGUUGACGACAUGUUCAUUAUGGUCUCUAACUGGCAAAACACCAACGUCAAGGACUCGGUUCCCAAGCGAAUGGCACACACCUACAAGGAGGCGGCAAUGUCCAUCACCAUCACCACCCUCACCGACGUGCUUGGUUUCUACAUCGGCCUCAUGUCCGACUUCCCUUCCAUCCAGUACUUCUGUCUGUAUACGAGCACGGCCAUCAUAUUCUGCUACGUCUACAACAUUACCUUCUUCGGGGCCUUCAUGGCUCUGAAUGGGAGACGAGAGGAAAGAAACGGACACUGGUUGACCUACAUGAAAGUGCCGACCGAAGCCCCGGCUAAGUCCUCUUCCUGGAACACCCUGUGCUGCGUGGGAGGAGACUACGACAAGGAAACUGGAGCAGAGAAGAUUCAACCUGUAAAUAAUUUCUUCAAGAACUAUUAUGGUCCGCUGCUGACCAAACCUUGGGCUAAGGCUGCGGUCAUCCUGAUAUAUGCUGGCUACCUUGCUGGAAGCAUCUACGGUUGCUUCCAUGUAGAGCAGGGCAUAGACCUAAAGGAUUUAGCGGCCGAUGAUUCAUAUGUCAUUAGUUACUAUGAACGGGACAGGAAAUAUUUUUCAGGUUUUGGUCCAAAUGUAAUGCUUGUUGUGAGAGAGCCCUUUCCAUAUUGGGACACGACAAAGCGUUCAGAGCUCCGGAAAUGUACUAACGACUUUAGAGAGUUGGACUUUGUAAGUAAAAGGUUGUACACAUCCUGGCUGGACGCGUACGAAAAUUUCGGAAAGAAAAUGAAUCUCAACCUCAACAACAAAAAAAGCUUCAUGGCAAACCUUCCAAAGUUUUUCGUGGCAGUGCCGGAAUUCAAGCAAGAUGUGAACAUCACGAGAGGAACCAUUCCUGCAUCGCGCUUCUUCAUCCAAACGGUUCACAUCUCCAACUCCUCGAUGGAGAUCAAAAUGAUGAAUGGUUUGGAAGAGAAAAUGAAGACAUGCGGGGCGGCCCCUUUGAUCAUGUUCCACCCGGCGUUCAUCUACUACGACCAGUACGCCGUGAUCGUCCCCAGCACAGUGCUGAACAUCGGGGUGACCACGGCAGUCAUGCUGGUCAUCUCACUCCUGCUGAUCCCCAACCCGCUCUGCUCCAUCUGGGUCACCGUCUCCAUCGGCUCGGUGAUCGUGGGAGUCACCGGCUUCAUGGCUCUGUGGGGCGUGAAGCUGGACACCGUCUCCAUGAUCAUCCUGGUGGUGUGCAUCGGCUUCACCGUGGACUUCUCCGCGCACAUCUCCUACUGCUUUGUCUCCAGCAAGAAGCCCAGUGCCAACGGCAGGAUGGUGGACGCGCUCUUCAUGCUCGGCUAUCCAAUCAUGCAAGGCGCGCUGUCCACCAUUCUGGGUGUGGUGGUGCUGGCGGCGUCCAAGAACCAUAUCUUCAGGACAUUCUUUAAGAUCAUGACCUUGGUGAUGGUAUUUGGGUUGUUACACGGGAUCACCUUCCUCCCGGUGUUUUUGACGCUGUUCUCUUGUUGUUCAUCAGAAAAGGAUGAGGAGAAACAGGAAGUGAAGGACAGUGAUGCGGCACAUAACGUAAUGCAUGACAGCAAUAGGCCUGACGACCUGCAAUAUGCAUAUGACAACAAAGACUUCGAACAAAUCAGGGGUCCCUCCAGGAUCCCAGUGUGGCAGGCUUAA